AUGGGUACAUACAGGAAGCGGUUUAAUGAGAAAGCCAGAGCUGGCCAAAUGGCCAAGUUGAAGGAGUUGAAAAGAGUAAGAAACAAGCAGUUUUUAAGACAUCUUGAUGAUGGUUCUGAAGAAGCUAAGGAUGAGAAGAAACAAGUAGAGGAUACAAAUUCUGUUCUUCUAAAGCCUAUGACGGAGGAAGAAAAGGAGAUUAAGAAGAGAAAAUUGGAGGAGCUUUUCACACCGAAAGAAAGUAAAGUUUCACGUACCAAGAAGAAGAGGUUAGAAAAGUUUAUCGAACACCAACUGAAAAGGGAAGAGAAGAAAGAAUUGAUAGGCAAAUUACAAGACUAUAAGAUUGAUACAUCUUUACUGACAAGCUCGAAAAAAUUGGGCCAAGGUAGACAGACAAAAAAAGAAAGGUUUGCUGAAGCGCUUGAACUAGAGAAACAAGGUCGGGCCAGUGAGCUAACAAAAGAUAUAUUAUAUGAGGAACAUGAUGUGAAAGAAUGGGAAGGAAUUGAAGGUGAACCUAAAAAAAGGACACCUGAUUACACCUACAGCGAUAGUGAUCAAGAUUUAUCGGAUAAUAAUAAUGAAUCUGGUAUUAGCAAUGAUGAUGAUGAAGCCAAUGACGAGGAAGACUUUGAAAGUAAAUUCGGUAAUACCGCAUCUAGUUUUAUUGAUCGUAGGCCUGCAAGUACAGGUGGAAUGGGUGGUGGCUUCGGAUUCGGCUUUGCUAAUGUUACUAAAGUCAAACCAUUAAAACAAACAUCUAAAAAAAAAUAUAACUGGAAACAGAAGGUGGCAAUGGAAGAAAUGAAGAGGAAAAAUGUUGAAGAUAUGGAUGAUUUUGAUACGUCCUCGGAAACUGAUGGCACUGAUUUUGAUAGUGAAGACAAUGAUGUUGAUCAGUCUAUGGAAGGGGAUCAUAGUGAACAUAAUAACGAAGAUCGAGAGGAUGAAUCAUCAGAUAAAGAAGUUUCAAGUGAACAAGAACACUCUGGAGAUAGCUCUUCCGAAAUAAGUGAUCUGACAGAUGGCAUAGAAAAUACUGAGAAAAAAAAUGUUGCGGAGGAAUUCAAAUCAUGGGCAAACAAUGAAAUAAGGCGCUUAGAAGGCAGAGAUGUUGAUGUGGAAAUGCCAAGUUUAAGCUUUAAAGUAGAGCCAACAUUUAGGCCCGAGGAUAUGGAUGACGGCUUGAAGCAGACACAUAUCCCCAUAGAUGAAGGUCUAAAAAGAAAAGCCUUUUUUGUUAAUGUUGAAAGGAAACCUGAAAUUAUGGCCCAAAGAUUGAAUCUUCCAGUUGUUGCAGAGGAACACACUAUUAUGGAAGCGAUUCAUCACAAUGAUGUAGUCAUAAUAUGUGGUGAAACAGGUUCUGGUAAGACAACACAAGUCCCACAGUUUCUUUAUGAAUCAGGUUACGGUUCUCCUGAUUCAACUGAGCAUGGAGGAAUGAUUGGAAUAACCCAACCUAGAAGAGUCGCAGCUGUUUCUAUGGCUGAAAGAGUUUCCAAUGAGUUGGGGAAUCAUGGUGACAAAGUUGCAUAUCAAAUUCGUUUCGACUCAACAAGUAAGGAAGAUACCAGAGUAAAGUUCAUGACAGAUGGUGUUUUGCUGAGGGAAUUAAUGGAAGACUUUUUACUAAGUAAAUAUUCUGCUAUUAUUAUCGAUGAGGCUCAUGAAAGAAAUAUUAACACCGAUAUUUUAAUUGGUAUGCUAAGUCGUUGUGUCAAGUUGCGUGCAAAAAAAAAUAAUGAAGAUCCAAAGAGAUACAACAAGUUAAAGCUAGUUAUUAUGUCAGCAACCUUAAGAGUUUCAGACUUCAGUGAAAAUUCCUCUUUGUUCUCGUCGCCACCACCUAUAUUGAAGAUUGAAGCUAGGCAAUUUCCUGUUUCGGUUCAUUUUAACAGAAAGACUGCCUUUAAUUAUGCGGAUGAAGCAUUUCGGAAGACAUGUAAGAUUCAUCAGCGGUUACCUCCUGGGGCCAUCUUGAUUUUCAUGACGGGUCAAAAUGAAAUUACGGCGAUGGUUAAAAAAUUAAGGAAACGAUUCCCAUUCAAAACUAAAAAUAAAUCGUUGGCUUUGGAAUUUGAGGCCACAAAGGUGAAAGUAGAUCCAAGAACGGCAGCUAUGGAGGAAGAAGAUAUUGAUUUAACGGUACAUGAUAAGGAUGAGAAACGAUUCUUGGAGGAUAUUGAAUAUGAGAAUGAGAAUGAGAAUGUCACAGAUGAUAAUAGUGAUGAUGAAGAAGGUUUUGAUGAAGAACUGACAGAUGAUCAAACUCCUGAUGAUCCUUUGUAUGUUCUGCCACUGUAUUCUUUAUUGCCAACUAAGGAGCAAAUGAAAGUCUUUGAGUCGCCUCCGAAGGGGUCAAGAAUGUGUAUUGUAGCAACAAAUGUUGCUGAAACUUCCUUAACUAUACCUGGUGUUAGAUAUGUUGUGGACUGUGGUAGAGUAAAGGAAAGAAAAUACAAUAAUAGCAAUGGAGUUCAAAGCUUUGAAGUUGGAUGGGUUAGUAAAGCUAGUGCAGACCAAAGAAGUGGUAGAGCUGGUCGUACUGGUCCAGGUCACUGUUACCGCCUGUAUUCUUCUGCCGUAUUUGACAGAGACUUUGAGCAGUUUUCAAAACCAGAAAUUUUGAGAAUGCCUGUGGAAAGUGUUGUUCUUCAGAUGAAAAGUAUGGCGAUACAUAAUAUUGUCAAUUUCCCAUUUCCAACCCCUCCAGAUAAGGAAUCAUUAAAGAAAGCGAUUGAACUUUUACAGUAUCUUGGCGCUCUAGAUGACAAGGAAAAAGUUACUGAGGAUGGUAAAAAGAUGAGCCUUUUCCCUCUGUCUCCAAGAUUUUCGAAAAUGUUAUUGGUGUCAAAUGAACAUGGCUGCAUGCCAUACAUUGUAUCUAUUAUUAGUGCUCUUUCAGUCGGUGAUCCAUUUCUAACUGAACAAGAGUUAGGUAUUCAACAAGCUCAGGUAGUAAAGCGUGAUGAUGGUAAUGAAAGUGCGCAACUUGAGUUCAUUGAUUCGCAGGAGGUGGAACGAGUGAAAAAUCUGAGGAAUAAGUUCUACAAAAGUAGAGUUAAAUUCAGUAAGCUGGAUAAAUAUAGUGAUGUUUUCAAGUUACUUAGUGUUACAUGUGCAUGGAACUACGUUCCAAACAAGCAAAGAGAUGAUUUUGUAAGGUCGAACUUCUUGAGGAGGAAAGUAAUGGAUGAAAUUGAAAAAUUAAGAAGACAGCUCACUUAUAUUGUUAAAUCAAAUACUUCAAAAGAAAGUAUUGCAAUCAAUAUAACAAAUGAGGAUUUGAGAACGGAUUUACCAUCUGAAAUCCAAUUAAAAAUGUUAAAGCAGAUGAUAUGUGUUGGGUUCAUAGAUAAGGUAGCUAUAAGAGCAGACGCUCUAUAUCCUGAAGAAGCUAAAAUUACGAACCGCACAGUUAUCAAUAAGAUUCCCUACCUACCUGUAAUGGGGAAGCUAGCCAAUGAUGUAAAUGACAGUUUCGUAUACAUACAUCCUUCAUCGAUGAUUAACAAUAUUGGUGAACUGCCACCAAAGUUCAUUGUAUAUAACACAUUAAACUUGAGUGCUAAUAAUGUGACAAGGUUAGUGCCAUUAUGUGACAUAAAAAGUACUCCUUUGGCCAAUGUUGCCAGAAAGGGUAUGUUGUUGAGUUACAGUAAGCCAAUUACAGGCCAAGGACUAAAAGUGAUCAACAUCGCACCUACAGAGCGCUAUUGUUAUGUGGUACCUAGGUUUGGUUCUCAGAAAGAUAGUGACCUGCAAGUUGGUUGGGAUUUGAAUCCCAUUCCCGUUCAUCAAGUUAAACAAAAUGGUGUUUGGACAGUUGACAAAUUUAUUACCAACAAAAAUUAUAAGAAUGCAGAACACCAGAGAAAAUAA